GGUGUUUUAUUUUGAAAACGUAAGACGGACCCCGAGUCCUUCAUUCCCGUUUCUUCACUCCCCUCUGGGUGGGAGGAAGGUGGUCCUGGAAUGAAGAGGGAGAGAAAAAAAAACACCGUCCGAAGAACAAACGACGAGGAGGCUUUGCGUGUUUUUGUACAGUUUCUCCUCCGUUUAAAACACUUCCUCGGUUUAACACCCAGCUCGUUGAAGAGGUGGGGGAGAGGGUUCGGCUGACGGGUGAGAGGGGGGACGUGACUCGCCUUUGUUAGGGGGGAGAAAGUUGUUGGAAGUUGGGCUGAAAAUGGAGAACUCAGCUGAGUGAGAGUGAGUGGGGUGAGGAGGCUGAGCUUUGGCGAACGCUGAAGUCCUGCCCUUCUUUCUGCUAACGGACUGAUAGCAUCAACCGCUAACUCCGCUCAACUUUUGAGAGCCUCCCUUUGCUGCUCUCCAGCCUGAGAUUCUCCAGGGGAGCUGCUUUAUCUGCGGCAAGACCACUGCUGACACUGCAGCUUCUCCCAAUGGAUCAAAGCAUAGCUGGUGCUUCGAGUGUCUGUGGAAGCUCUACAUGAAUCCUCUGGAUGGUGGAACUUUUCUCUUGUAGGCCACCGUAUUUGAGAACUGUUUAAAAAGAAACUCUGUGCCCUGGACGAGGAACCUUUUCUAUGAUAUGUCACUGUUUUUCUCCGGGGAGCUCUUGCACAAAGUUUUUUGUUUUUUUUUUUCUUUCCCCACGACACUCAACUAUUUAUGCCAUCUGUGAUGGGACCCUGUCAGCUUCUUCAUGGAGUUUGAAGCUGCCCCCUGGCUGCUGACAAUGUUUCCUGUUUGUGUGUGUACAAAACCCAUCGGCGAAAGUCUAUAACAGAACACCACCACAACAACAAGACAACCAGUGAUUUAGGCCUUUCUGGAUGACUCAGGACACACAGUGUGCUUGCCAAAUGCUUUCGUGAACUCUUGACUUUUGAACUGGACUUGAGUGGAUGUGUACUCAUGAUCUGUGACUGCUGAUGCCAGCUCAUCUGGACUGUGAGUGGGUGUAAUCAGCUUUAUUCAUGAGCCCUCCUUCUGAGUCCGGGUACUGUCUGGAAGUUGGAUGUCCUGAGGUUGUUGAAUCAGCUGUUGCGGUGAUGAGGCAGGACUCCUGGUGGCCUGUGUGGCUGACUGGGCACUGGCCCAAAGUGAUAUGAUGGGUUGCAGGAACAGUAAGGUCCUCCCUGAGCCUCCAGGGGAUGUCCAGUUAGACCUCGUCAAAAAGGUUGAUCCUCCUCCGCUGCCGCAAACAGAUAUCUUUAAACACUUCAUACGUGGAGAUGGUACUGCAAGCAAAAUGGGCAGAGUUGGGGACAAGUCCGACUCCACCUCCCCGUAUCAGGCACAGGCCCAAGCAUCCACUCCAACCGCUUCUGCCCAGUCACCCAAAGACCCGUCCGAACUGUCGGACCCACAGAGGAAGAAGGUGGCAAAAUAUCGAGCCAAGUUCGAUCCCCGAGUCACUGCCAAGUACGACAUUAAAGCUCUGAUAGGACGCGGGAGUUUCAGCCGCGUGGUUCGCGUGGAACACAAGAGCACGCGGCAGCCUUACGCUAUCAAGAUGAUCGAGACCCGGUACCGGGAAGGAAGGGAGGUGUGUGAGUCUGAGCUGUGCGUUUUACGGCGGGUUCGUCACACUAACAUCAUCCAGCUGAUGGAGGUCUUUGAGACCACCGAACGCGUCUACAUGGUGAUGGAACUGGCCACCGGGGGGGAGCUCUUCGACCGGAUCAUCGCCCGAGGUUCCUUCACGGAACGGGACGCCACCCGCGUGUUACAGAUGGUUUUGGAUGGCGUCAAGUAUCUCCACACUUUAGGCAUCACUCACCGAGACCUGAAGCCGGAGAACCUUCUCUACUACCAUCCUGGAGCUGACUCCAAGAUCAUCAUCACAGACUUUGGUUUGGCCAGCAGCAGGAAGAAGGGCGAUGAGUGUCUGAUGAAGACCACCUGCGGGACACCGGAGUAUAUCGCACCUGAAAUCCUGGUCAGGAAGCCCUACACUAACGCGGUGGACAUGUGGGCACUGGGGGUGAUAUCGUACAUCCUCCUGAGUGGAACCAUGCCCUUCGAGGAUGACAACCGCAUGAGGCUAUACCGGCAGAUCCUGAAGGGGAAAUACAGCUUCUCUGGAGAGCCAUGGCCCAGCGUGUCCAACCUGGCCAAGGACUUCGUGGAAAGGAUUCUGACGGUGGACCCCAGCGAGCGACUCACGGCCGGCCAGGCCCUCAAGCAUCCCUGGAUCAUCAGCAUGGCUGCGUCGUCUUCCAUGAAGAACCUCCAACGCUGUAUAUCCCAGAACCUCCUGAAGAGGGCGUCCUCCCGCUGCCACAGCACCAAGUCGGCCCAGUCCACUCGCUCCAGCCGCUCCACCAAAUCCAACAAGGCUCGACGGGUGAGAGAGAAGGAGCUGCGGGAGUUGAACCGUCGAUAUCAGCAGCAGUACAACGGUUGAGUCAGACUGGGGAGGAAGUGUGAACUGGUAUUGAAGCAGAACAGACAAUGACUCCCCCGCCGCCCUCCACAUCAAAACAAGACUUGAAAAAAAGAGAGCUUUAACUCAAAGCUCUAAAAAAGGAAUCCUGAUCUGUAGAGACAGUGAAAUCAGUGAACUUCAUGUGAAAAAAAAAACACAGAAGGACAAACCAGAAAAGAUCAUCUCUUUAUCCAUUCCUUCAACUUUUCCUUGGCUGGACGACGCCCUCCACUCUUUUUCCUUUGUGUCUUUCCAUUCCUGAGUCUCUACGUAUUUAUUUAUUAUUAGUAGUCUCCAUUCAAACGGUCACUGGAUAAUGACCUUUCAUGAGGAUCUGUUGAACAGAGUUCUGGGUACUGAUUUAUUUUUUUCUAAGAUGAAGAAAAUGAAACUUCAAAAAAAAAAAAAUCGGGGAAAUAACCUCCCCUCACUCAUUCCUGAUUAAAUCAAAAAUUGCUGUGAAUUUGUUUUUGUCGUUAUUGUACAGACCUUGUCUCUCUUAAGAUAUGGCUGAUGGAAACACGCUGCAAAACCAGCCACACCCCCCGAAGCCCGUCUUCUAAUUAGCCACUUCUAAGCUCACCCUAAUCUUGCCGUUGUCGUUUUUUUUUUUUUUCCCUCUAUAUUGCUAAGAAGUUGUGGGAAAAUUGUGAAGCUGUUUUAUCAGUCUGAAUGUGUUUGUUCUAGAAAACAGGCGUUAGUGCUGUUCCCAAAGUUCAAGUUCUAACACACAGGACAAAAGCUGGACCGACAGCUGAGGUUUUACAGAGCACAGUGUCACACGUCUUUGUUUGGAGGAGAUUUUGCAAAAUGUAACAACUCCCUGGAACUGCAUCAAGGAAUUUUGUGUUGAUUAGAAGAAAAAAAAAGAGAAAGUACCUCCCCCUGCAGGAUGUGCGAUUAAGUGCAUCCAAAAGCAUAGCUGCGAAUUGUGGUUUCAAGAACCUCCAUGACAAGGCAUUCAGAGCUAAUUCACUAAAUCUUAG